AUGGAAGAUCAAAUAGCAGCUGAAGUAGAAAGAAGACUGAAGAAGAUGGCUAUCGAUACUCAAACUGUGGCACAAGUUCAACCGGUUCAACCAACGCAAGCUAGUAAUUGUGAAAUUUGUGGAGGACCUCAUCUUACUGCACAUUGCGUUGCAACCGCACAACAAAUUGAGGAGAUUAAGUUUCUAAGGCAGAACAACCCUUAUUCGAAUACAUACAAUCCGGGUUGGAAAAACCAUCCAAAUUUCUCAUGGAAGGAUCAACAAGGACAUGUGCAGAACCAACCACAGCAACAACAGUUUCGACCUCAGCAACAACAACCAUAUCAACAACAGUUUCAGCAACAGGUACCAAGAAAAGCUGAUUGGGAGCUUGCCAUUGAAAAGAUGGCCGCUCAAAGCUCUCAAUUUCAAGAAGAGACUCGAAGUAAUUUAAAAAACACAGGUGCUUCAAUUAAGAAUCUUGAAAUACAGAUGAGUCAGAUAGCCCAACAACUAGCGGGUUCUCAACAACAAGGCGUGUUACCGAGUUCUACGAUUACUAAUCCAAGAGAAAAUAAUCAUGUGAAUGCGGUGACCACAAGGAAUGGUAAGUCGAAAGAAGUACCUGAAAAGAGUUCUGAAGAAGAAGACUUAUUGCUUGAAGUUGAUCUAGAGAUAAAAGAAAAUGAGGUCGUGAACGAAGAGGUCACUAGUGAUGAAAGAGUGGUAAAAGACAAAGUUAUUGAUCCAAAACCGGCCGUCAAACUACCAUACCCAACAAGAAAUAAGAAGAAAGGGCAGCAUGAAAAAAACUUUGAGAAGUUCCUGGAGAUGUUUAAAAAGCUUGAGCUAAACAUCCCGUUCUUGGAGGCGCUUGAGCAAAUGCCUACUUACGCGAAGUUCAUGAAAGACAUCAUCUCGAAGAAGCGGACCAUAGAGACUAACCCGAUCAUUCUAACGGAAACUUGUAGUGCCAUUUUGCAGGGUAUGAAGGUUCCGGUGAAGAAGAAGGAUCGAGGUUUUGUGACUAUUCCUUGUACCAUUGGAGAUAGAUCCUUCAAGAAAGCUCUAAUUGAUUUGGGAGCAAGUGUAAGCCUUAUGCCGCUGUCCAUUUAUAAGAGGUUGGGGAUAGGAAAAAUUCAAGAUACAAGAAUGACACUCCAGUUUGCUGACCACUCUGUGAAGAGACCUUAUGGGAUAGUAGAAGAUGUGCUAAUGCCGGAAGAUGAAGAGAUACCAAUCAUUUUGGGGAGACCAUUUUUAGAGACCGGGAGAUGUUUGAUCGACAUAGAAGAAGGCACGAUGACUUUGAAAGUGUAUGAUGAAGAGUUAAAAAUUGAUGUGCGAAACACCAUGAAGUACAAGGAUGACGUUGCCACUAGUCAACAUAUUGAGAUAAUUGAUCAAAUAUGUGAGAAGAAAAAUUGCUUGACAACACAAAAAUUAGCUUUGGAAAGAGUGUUGAGUCUAUCAAUUUUUAACGAAGAGGAAAUAGUUGACGAGAAAGAUAUGGAAGUAGUAGUCAUGAUGGAAGCAUCACCACCUUUCAAAGGUUAUCGGCACAACCGGUGGGAAGAUUUACGGCAACCCUUAGUGGAAGAAAAGAAAGAUGAACAAAAGAAGGGGACCGAAUUGAAACAACUCCCGGAAAACCUCAAAUAUGUAUUCCUAGACACAGAGAGUAAGUGCCCGGCCAUCAUAAGUUCACAUCUAGAAGUUCUUCAGGAAAAUAAGCUUGUCAAAGUUUUAAAAAAACAUAAGAGUGCUAUUGGCUGGUCUAUUGAGGAUUUGAAAGGAAUAAACCCCACAAUAUGCAUGCACAAAAUUCUCAUGGAAGAUGAUCACAAGUCGGUUGUCCAACCUCAACGACGACUUAACCCAGCAAUGAAGGAAGUGGUCAGAAAAGAGGUGGUUAAACUGUUAGAUGCAGGGAUGAUUUAUCCCAUAUCUGAUAGUUCGUGGGUAAGUCCGGUUCAUGUGGUGCCAAAGAAAGGUGGAACUACAGUGAUAAAAAAUGAGAAGAACGAGUUGAUACCAACAAGGACAGUCACUGGUUGGCGGGUAUGCAUCGACUAUAGAAGACUGAAUCUUGCCACCAGGAAGGACCAUUUUCCCUUACCAUUCAUUGAUCAGAUGUUGGAAAGGUUAGCCGGUCAUGACUAUUAUUGCUUCCUCGAUGGCUACUCGGGAUACAAUCAGAUAGCUGUUGCACCAGAGGAUCAGGAGAAGACCGCAUUUACAUGCCCUUUUGGUAUUUUUGCCUACAGAAGAAUGCCAUUCGGGUUAUGUAAUGCACCAGCAACGUUUCAGAGAUGCAUGCAAUCAAUCUUUGCAGAUAUGCUUGAGAAGCAUAUGGAAGUCUUCAUGGACGAUUUCUCAGUUUUUGAAUGUGUUGUGGCGUUUGAAACACUAAAGCAAAAAUUAGUAUCAGCACCUAUUGUUGUAGCCCCGGACUGGUCUCUGCCUUUUGAGAUAAUGUGUGAUGCAAGUGAUAUUGCAGUGGGGGCAGUUCUGGGGCAGCGUCGAGAAAAAUUGUUACAUGUCAUUUAUUAUGCUAGUCAUGUGUUGAACCCCGCACAGAUGAAUUAUGCGACAACUGAAAAGGAGUUGUUAGCCGUAGUGUACGCCUUUGAUAAAUUCAGGCAAUAUACUGACCAUGCUGCUUUGAAGUAUCUUUUUGCUAAACAGGACUCUAAGCCAAGACUUCUUAGGUGGAUCUUACUCCUUCAAGAGUUUGAUGUGGAGAUUCGUGACAAGAAAGGAUGUGAGAACACUGUUGCCGAUCACCUCUCCCGUAUAUCACCUAUCGAAGAGACAGAAGACAAGCGUCCAAUAAAGGACGAGUUCGUCGAUGAACAGAUCCUCGCUUUCAACGGAGUGCCUUGGUUUGCCGAUUAUGCAAACUAUCUGGUCGGUGGGAUAAUCCCCGAUGAUUUUGAUGCUAACAAGAAGAAAAAGUUUGUGCAUGAUUGCAGGUUCUACUUGUGGGACGAUCCUUUCUUGUAUAAGAGAGGAGUGGAUGGACUUAUCAGGAGAUGUGUUCCAGAGGAGGAACAAAGGGAUGUGUUGAAAGCAUGCCACGACUCCGACUAUGGAGGACACUUUAGUGGUGACAGAACCGCCGCCAAGUACAUCUUAGUGGCGGUGGAUUAUGUCUCAAAGUGGGUGGAGGCCGUGGCCCUACCAACUAAUGAUGCUCGAGUGGUGAUUAGGUUUCUAAAGGAGACUAUCUUUGCGAGGUUCGGAGUACCAAGAGCUUUAAUAAGUGAUGAAGGAACACAUUUUCUGAACCAUCUUAUGGAGAAGCUCCUCUUGAAGUAUAAUGUGAAGCAUCGAAUUGCGACUCCGUACCACCCUCAAACUAGUGGGCAGGUGGAAGUGUCAAACAGGCAACUCAAACAAAUCCUUGAAAAGACCGUAAACUCAUCCCGCAAGGAUUGGGCAAGCAAGUUGGAUGAUGCACUUUGGGCUUACCAAACGGCUUUCAAAACACCAAUUGGUAUGUCACCAUACCAGUUAGUUUACGGCAAGGCUUGCCAUCUACCGCUUGAAUUAGAACACAAGGCAUUUUGGGCUUCAAAAUUUUUGAAUAUGGAUUUAUCCAAGGCAGGAAGUUCUCGGAUCCUUCAGCUCCAUGAAUUAGAAGAAUUUCGGAAUCGUGCUUAUGAAAAUGCUAAGGUCUAUAAAGACCAAACAAAGAAAUGGCAUGAUAAAAGGAUAGUGAAAAAAGAGUUUUAUGAAGGACAACUGGUCCUUUUGUAUAAUUCUCGAUUGAAAUUAUUCCCUGGGAAGUUGAAAUCCAAAUGGUCAGGCCCGUUUGUUGUUCACAAAGUUUUCCCACAUGGAGCGAUUGAAUUAAAGAAUCAAGCAAACGGGGAUACAUUCAAAGUCAACGGUCAGAGGUUAAAGCCGUAUUACCAAGGACAAGAAAUUGGUCAAAUACAUGUUGCUCGUCUCACAGGAUGA